AUGGGAAAUGAUCAAUCCUGUGGCAUUUGUGGGAUAAGUACCGUCAGGAUUCGGAUGCACCAUGGAGUUGUUCGUGAAUUGAAUGAAGUGAGAUUUGUUCAUCAACUGAAGAAGAAUCUUAUUUCUGUUAGAACUUUGGAGGCAAAUGGAUUCAAUGUGACAUUUGAGACAACCAAGGGAUCUUUGGUAGUGAUGAAGGGAGUCUACAACAAGAAUCUUUAUUAUCUGAAGGGAAGCACUGAGAUUGACCAGGUAGCUUUAGCUGUUUCAGAGGCGGAUCAUUUGGCUGGGCACUUGCAGCGGGAGCCUCACCAGCCUCCCCCUCGUACAGAACCUGGUGUUAGAGAGUUUCGGUAUAGACGACCUCCUUCUUUCUCCGGUGCCGAAGGACCACUAGCAGCAGAAGAGCUCCUGAAGGUUACCGAGACUAUCCUUACGGUGACCCGCAUUGCCCCUGCAGAGUGGGUGGACCUUAUGGAUGUCCAGCUCACUGAUACGGCUCGAAUCUGGUGGGCUGCUAAGAAGACACACCUGGAGAGGCCGAUUCUGUGGGAAACGCUCACGGAACGCUUCAAUAAGAAGUAUUUUCCACAGUCAGCCCGGGAUGAGCUUCUGCGUAGAUUUGUUGAGCUAAAGCAGGGAGGACGAAAAGUUGAUGAGUAUGAAGCUGAGUCCUCUUCUCUUAGUCGGUAUGCUCCCCAUCUGGUUACCGACCCGACUAUUAGGAAGCAUCAGUUCCAGAAGGGUCUGGACAAGUAUAUCAGGUUGGCUCUGGCUGGUAGAGCACUUACGUCUCAUGACACCGUACUGGAUGCAGCGCGUGAGAUCGAGAGUGUUCAGAAGGAACCAGAAGAUCCACAUGUGGUUCAGAGUAGGACACCAGUAGCUCCAUCCCAAAAUGUCGAGCGUCCCCCUCUGAGACAGCAGCAGGCUCCGCAGAGGCAACAGUUUUCCCAACGACAACCACUUCAUCUAGGCCACCCCUAUCAGCACCCUGGAGUGCAGACUCUUGGCCAGCCUUCGAUAAAGUGUUCCUAUUGUAGCCACGUUGGGCAUACUUAG